GCCAAAAACAGAGGAAAAAGGACAAGCUUGAAAAAUCUCUCAGAUAAAACAAUCCUCUGAAGUAUUACUUAAUUCUUCAGGGCCCCUCUUUUCUCUCUCUCCUUUUCUGCAAUUCAUAACAGAAACAGCUCCUUAUACACAGGUAAUGGACAACUUUUCUAACAUAAAGUGCAAUUCUUCAACUCUCAAAAAUACAUACCAAAAUGACCACUUUAGAAACAACAGACCUUUUUCUUGACUGUUUAUAUUGUGAAGAAAAAUGUUGGGAUGAUGAUCAUGAUGAUGAUGAUGAUGAUCAUGUUGUCCAUGCAUAUGAUAAUGAUGAUGAUGAUGAUGAUAAUGGCUUUGGGUCAUCAUAUCUAUCACCAUUACAUGAAGAUUCUUCUUUUUCUUGUGAAGAUGAAGAAGAACAACUAAAUGCUCUGUUUUUAAAAGAGAAAAAACAGAGCUUUUUUAGUGAAGAUGUUUUGGAUUCUAACAAGUUAUUAGUUGAAGCUAGAAAAGAGGGUUUGGAAUGGAUGAUUAGAAUCAAUUCAUACCAUAAUUUCUCUACAAUAACAAUGGUUUUAGGUGUUAAUUACUUUGAUAGGUUUAUAUUGAGUUUUGGGUUUAAAGCAGAGAUGUCAUGGAUGAUUCAUGUUGCUGCUAUUGCUUGUCUUUCUUUGGCUUCUAAGAUUGAAGAAUCUCAUGUUCCUUCUCUCUUAGAUUUUCAAGUAGAGAAUAAACAGAUAUAUGAAGCAAAGGUGAUACAGAGAAUGGAGCUCUUAGUGCUUACAACACUUGAAUGGAAAAUGAAUGCAGUGACCCCACUAUCCUACUUUGGACAUUUAAUAAGGAAGCUCAACUUAAAGACCCAUUUGCAUUGGAAAGUUUUAUGCAGAUAUGAGAUCCUAAUUAUUUCUGCUGUUCUUGAUCCCAAAUCUUUGUCUUAUGUUCCAUCUGUCUUAGCUGCAUCAACUAUGGUGCAAACUUUGAAAGAAAUUGGACUAUGGAGUACUCAAGAACAACAAAUUGAUAUUAUGGACACCUUGAAACUUGACAAGGUUAAGGUGGAAGAGUGCUACAAAUUCAUACAAGAAUUGUCAAGCAAUAAGAAAGUUCAGAAGAGAGAGUGCUACUAUAUUUCAGCAAACAAAAUUCCAAAUAAUGUUUUUGAUGUAAUCUCUAGUGAGAGCUCUAAUAAGGACUUAUCAUCCGGACCUCUACCUAAGAAAUGUAGGAUAAUGGGACCUCCUUGCUUUGGGUAGCUUUGCACAUGUCCA